GAUUUUUAACUAAUUACAACAACGGCUACGGAACAAAUACCGAAGGCGAGAGUGUCUCGAAGACAGAGUAGCGUCGAUCGUGAUGUGAGGGCCCGCGGGGACGAGCGAGCGCAUAUGUCCGACUCCCAAGCUGACGGCCCCCAGGCCAUGAACGACAGCCGCAGACCAUUCUCCUAUCCUGAUAGCAGCAGCGACACCGAGGAGUACAGGAGAGACGCGGAGGAGCGCAGAAAACGGCUGUCCAAGCGGAACGUGCCGAAUAUAAGGGGUCGGCCUGCGAUGCCCCCGAAAAUGCCAAGCCCCAACACCCCGACGCCGUCCACGUCCACGCAGGAGUCUUCUAGGGCAGGGAAGGCCCAGUACCAGCUGACGGACGACCGGAUCACACUGGUGGUGGACAACACGCGGUUCGUGGUGGACCCAGCGCAGUUCACCGCACACCCCAACACGAUGCUCGGCAGGAUGUUUAGUUCAGGGCUGGAGUUCACGCACCCCAACGAGCGCGGCGAGUACGAGGUGGCGGAGGGCAUCUCCGCGACUGUGUUCCGCGCGAUCCUGGAGUACUACCGCGGGGGCUCCAUCCGCUGCCCGCCCACCGUCUCCGUGCAGGAGCUGCGCGAGGCCUGCGACUACCUGCUCGUGCCAUUCGACGCCAACACCGUCCGCUGCCAGAACCUGCGCGGUCUGCUGCACGAGCUGUCGAACGAGGGCGCGCGGCGUCAGUUCGAGUCGUUCCUGGAGCGGCUGAUCCUGCCGCUGAUGGUGGCGUCUGCGCAGCGCGGAGACAGGGAGUGCCACGUGGUGGUGCUGCUCGACGAGGACUCCGUCGACUGGGACGAGCAGUACCCGCCGCAGAUGGGCGACGAGUACAGCCAGACCGUGCUCUCCACGCCGCUCUACAGGUUCUUCAAGUACAUCGAGAACAGGGACGUGGCAAAACAGGUGAUGAAGGAGCGCGGUUUGAAGAAGAUCCGCCUGGGCGUGGAGGGGUACCCCACCUACAAGGAGAAGGUGCGCAAGCGACCCGGGGGCCGCGCCGAGGUCAUCUACAACUACGUGCAGAGACCCUUCAUACACAUGUCCUGGGAGAAGGAGGAGGCCAAGAGUCGCCACGUGGACUUCCAGUGCUUCAAGUCCAAGUCCGUCACCAACCUGGCGGAGGCCACCGCGGACCCCGCCAUCGAGCUGGAGCCCCCCCGCGCCCGGGACGCGGACGAGCCACCAGACGGCCCCCACGAGGUCGCCCCCGACGAGGACGCCCAGUGACUGCUCGCCCGCUCCUACCGAGCGGCACUGAAGAUUGUACUCGCCCUGUUUUGUAUCGCGUGACGGCGGUUUCCAUAUUUAUUUCCUAUGGAGUUUUUUAUUGAGGGGUUCCAGCUGUUGUCAGGGGCUCUAGACCUGUAGCACCUACACGGGUCUAUCGUGCUCGCCCUUUCUCCGUCAGGGACAAGAAUUGAAGGAUAUUCUUAGGAGCUAUGGUCUUUAUCUCCUCAGGAUAGAGUGUACUCUCCAAAGGAGAUAUUUCGUUUAUGCAUGAGUGAGCUACAAUCGUAUAGGAUUCUAUGGACUUUCUUUGUAUCGUGGCAGACAUACGGCUCGCCCGAUAGUGGCCACCGGAAGAAGGUUAUUAUUAGGGAGUUUCUGAACUGUGGCUGAUUAUAUAAAUUCAAAUACAGUGUAUGAAACAUAUUAUUUAGUGGAAU